UGAUAGCUUAUACACCAUCAGACUGCCAUUCGAGGCGUUGAUUAGUAGCGUCUGUCUGUCUGGCGCCUGUACAACUCUGUCCGCCUGUCUGACUCUUUGCCACCAUUCUGUAUAAUUCUGCGUCUGGUUGGCUUUGCAGACAGUGUUGAUGACGACUGAGGGACGCCGCGUGCAUUCUAUAUCGUCUGCCAUCUCUUCGAUUUUCGAGUCGUGGUUUUAUUCGAUAAAAGAAAUGUGUGUUUUCUUCGGUGGCUUGACGCAUGGCUCGUAAAUCGGGGCCAACCAGACAGACAGCGCUGUAUUACUUGUAAUUUCCAUGUUUGUGACUGAAUGUCUAGGAACUGCUAUACAUCAAAUCCGUUGAAAGACAUAAAUAUAAUUCCAAGAAACAAGUGUGAUCAAAAAAGGACGUCACGUUGAACGAAGGACAUCGUAGAGUUACCUGGUCGUUCUAAUGCACGUGAGGAACUGAUGAUGUAAUUGGUGAAGCCACUUGUUGUUUGUAUACAGGAGGUCACGCGGUAUUUCCGAGGUCAUUUUGACCCAGUCAUAAGUACGAAAUUAAAAACACUAACAGAAUUUCUAUAAAGAUGGACACACCAAAAUCUGCGACAAGUUCACCAUCAAAGGACAGAACAGACAAUGAAUUGGAUGAAACAAAGACAUCAGCAUCAUCGAACCAAUCAAAAUUGUUGACACAGAAUGAUCCACAUUUACAACCAUCACAUACAAUAACCUCUGACCCUGUGCUAACUAGUUAUAAUUUAUUCAAAUCUAAACAAUUCUCCCAACCAACUAGUGACUCGGAUGACGAAUCUUUGGACGGAACACCCAAAUAUGGACAAAAAAGAAGCGACACUCUUCCGAAUAGUUAUUUUAGUUGUCUGCCAAUUUUAGGAUGGGAGAACACGGAUUUAUAUUUAGAUUCUUACUCAAGUGACGAAGAUAGUAAAGCCAAGCUUAAAAUAUUUGGAAAAGGGAAAAGUCUGUUGAAGAAAAACGUGUCAAAAUCAAGUAAGAAAACAACCAGUGACAAUAAACUCAAAGACAGUAUUUUAUCGAGUUUUGCAGAAACCUGCUACAAGUGCAAACUAUGUAAGAUAUCACCAUGUUAUAUGGCUAGCGUAGAAAGCUUCAUUUUCCACAUGAAAAACCAACAUUCGGACAUUUAUAAGGAGAUGCUUUUAAAAUCAACGGUUGCCAAUGGCAACUGUAGUCAAGUAAAUGAUGUCAUACGAUAUGAGGGGUCAUCAUCUGAUGAAGGUAUGUGUAAUUAUGCUGGCCGAAUAACAAGUGAACAUUUGUUAAAAUAUAGUAAGCUGUGGCAAAAUUCUCCCAAAUCAUCGGCGACUGAUCCUAAACCAACGGAAGAUAGCAAACCAAAAAAUACAAACAUAGAGCAGAUACAAAAGGUCACGGACCAAUUCUUGAAAUCAGCUGCAACCGUGAGUCUACCAAACUGUCAACCAAAGAUCCAAAACGGCGUAGUAUCAGGAAUUCCACCAAAGCUCCAAAAUGGUACCCAAUCUCCGAUUUCAGUGCCAGCGGCUCCUAGCAAAAUCAUACCAGCAACGAAUCACACACCAAAGAAUGAUAAAUCAGGAUGGAAAGGCGAUCUUCCACCCAGUUUUACCCCAGAGUUCGGCAGAUAUACCAAACUCGUUCGUGAGGGUGGAAAUAUCGUGUACUUCUGUCAAGUUUGUAAUUGGAAGUGCCAAGUCAAGGCAGCAUUUACAGUUCACUGCAAUGGUCAACAGCAUCAUAAUAAAGUUCGUUUAGCUGACCAGAACAAUGUGGAGAAAUGUAAACAAAAAACAGAGCCAAAUAACGUAGAGGCAGCCAUUCGCAAAGCCAUCGAUUACAGUAACAAUCUGAACAAUAACAAACAGGCUAACAACAGCAACAAUAACAACAACAACAACACUGUCAAAUUACCUAUCAUCAAUGUGCCAAAAGUUCCAAACUUCAAUAAAACAUUCGCUCAUAUUCAAGAUCCAACGAAACUCUUUGCAAACAAAGAUUCCCACGAGAAACCACUGGAACUGGAAAAGUCUGAAACGAGAAACAAACGAAAACGACCAUUUCCUGUACGUAAGUCGUCGCCAAACGGAGAUGAUUGGGCUGAUUCUGAAUCAGAUGAUGAAACAGAGCUCAAGAAAACCAGGCGCGAGGAAACAUUUACUAACUAUAAUAAUGCCGAAGAAAUCAGCAAAACCAAAUCCCAGAUGCUCGGAAGUUGUCCGUCAAUGGUUCCAAUGGAUGACUAUUUCUCCAGAUAUUCAGCUCAGAAUUAUCGCCAUGUACCUGAUCUUGUAGGCUUUGAAAACAAGGGAGAGAAGUCAAAUGAAGAAGUGGAGAAAGAAAUGUCUUUAAGUCUUCCAUUAUUCCCAACUGGAUACACUGGUCUACUUCCUGAAUCUAGGGAUGAUAACUCUGAUAUCCAGUACCGUUGUACCUUUUGUAAUGUCUUCUGUACCGGUUUGUCCGAUUACAAGGAUCAUUUUAAAAUGGAGCACGACAUUGAAUCGCCUGAUCUCACAAUGGCUGACGGAAAGGGCGGACAAAACAACGAAUGGUGGAAGAUGAUGAAAAUAAAAGAAACGUUAUCAGGUACAAGAUAUCAUUAAUUACAUGUACAUAGCUCUCACAUUACAUGGGUAAUGAUUAAUGGUGGGUAAUAUGUAAUAAUGGGUAACGGGUAAUGUUUAAUGGUUGGUAAUAUGUAAUAAUGGGUAAUGAUUAAUGAUUAAUGGUGGGUAAUAUGUAAUAAUGGGUAAUCAUUCCAAGUCGCUGCAUCUACUAUUAAGUGGAACAAACUACCAUUAGACCUUCACAGAAGUCCCACACUUAAUAAAUUCAAA